AUGCUUUCCCAUAAGUUGUUGCACAUGCGAAUCUCAAUCGCAACCUAUCAGCUUAAUCUGAUUAAUAUAAUAAGCUUCAAUUUCGUUCACAUCUCUACCACAUAUAAUUGGAAGCAUAAUAAUGCAGCACUUCCUAUGAGCAAGUCAUGUUCAUUUUUAUAUGUGUCGUCUAUAUUCUGGCAAAGUAUGGUCUUGCGUAUAGGUGGUAAAAAUUUGUCAGGCGCCUCCAAACGCGGAGAACUACGAGCUAAGUUCGUAUUCCUUAUCACCAUGUUGGCGUUCAGAUCUCUUCGGAAUGUUCUCCAUGUCAAUAAACGCCAGACGGAAUUGCUUUCAAGAAAGUCGAUAAAACCUGUCUUCAUAUACCCCAUGAGGCCAUUUUCAUUGUUAAACUUCCCAACAUCUAUUCCACCAACAUCUAAGCCAGUGUCUUUGAUGAACUUUUCCAGAUAUUCUACAAAAACAGCUCCCCCUCCCCCACCUCCGCCACCAGCAGACAAGAAUGCACGUGGAAAGGCCAUUCUCAAUCGCAUUUCAAGGAUCUUCACUUUUUCCAUUUCUUCUAUUUUAGUCGUCGGAGCGCUAGGCGUCGCUGGUUUGGUCGUUUAUUUGAUUCUUUCUGAAUUGUUCUUGCCUUCAGGUGAUACCAAAACGUUUAACAAGGCAGUCAAACUUAUUGAACUGAAUGAACAAGCUCAGAAGGCUUUGAACUUUAACCCAGGUGAGCGGCUUCGGGCUUACGGUGAAGUUCCAGGUGACAAAUGGGUCAGAAACAGACCUGUCCAAAGUGUGAGAAAGAAGGGAGCCGAUGGCAAAGAUCACUUGCUCAUGCGUUUUCACGUUGAAUCCAAUAGUGGAAAGCAUGCAAGCGUUGUUUUGGAGCAAAUUGAUACGUCGUUUUGGUCUUCAGAAUUCGCAUACAUUGCUUUGGAAUUACCUUCAAAACACAGAAUGUACAUUGUGGAACCUAAAUUUUCACCAAAUGAAUACGUUCCUAGAAGCUCUGGUUUAGGUAAAAGCAACGGUUUCUUAGGUCUCAAGUGGGGUCCUAAAAAGGACUAA